AUGGAAAACUCAACCUCCAUGAAUCCAACGACCGAUUUGUAUGAGACAUAUUGGUGGCUGGCGCCGAAAUAUUUCAAACAACUUGCGUCGAGACCCACGUAUCUUAUCGCUAUUGAAUCUGGAAUAAUGCUUCUUAUAACCGUCACAGCAUUUGUUGGAAACUUUCUAAUCUGUUUUGCUGUGCUGCGAAAUCCGAGACUCCGUACUGCUACAAACUUAUUGAUUCUUGUAUUAGCAGUCACCGAUUUGCUAUCGGCUUGCCUUACCCAAACUUUAGCGACAAUAGUUCUCAUGACAGGAAAAUGGAUCGUUGAUGUCAAUCCUCUUGAUGUUCGAAGCUUUCCUUGUCUGUUGCAAGGUGUAAUGUCUCCUGCUCUAAUCGGCUUGUCGAUGCACAUUAUGGCUUUAACGGCCGUAAAUCGCUACAUCUGCGUAGUGCAUCAAAGACUGUACAACAAGAUCUUCAGCAAGAAAUCAACUCUUUUCAUGGUGGCAGCCGAAGGGAUGAUCAUACUUAGCGUCGUGUCUAUCUCUUGUCCCGCGGGAUUCGCGAGGAUCACGUUAGACCCGAGACGCGCAAUGUGCUUUACGACCUUCAAGCAACUAAAAACGUCCCAGAUGGUCUCGCACGUGUUUUUGGUUUUUACGGUUGCAAUUCCAUUGAUCAUAAUAUGCCUGUCAUAUUUUCGAGUGUUCAAAGCAAUAAGAAGUAGUUAUUUCCAAGGGCAAGCCGACAACACUUUCUCCAAAACAUCCGCAACAAAUGCCGCACAGCCUAUUUCUGGAGCAACGAGGAUAAAAGAAGUGAAAAUAACUAAGACAGUUUUUGCUGUCCUGCUUGGAUUCUUAACCUGCUGGAUUCCAGCCAUGAUGUGUAACUACAUGAGUUAUAACAUGGUAGAUCCUCGUUUCCCUCGACAAGGAGAAUUGGUUUUCACUUAUUUCCUGUGUCUGAGUUCUUCCAUUAAUCCAUUUAUAUACGGAGCCACAAACCGCGCUCUCAGGAAAGAAUUUAUGAGUUCUCUGUCUUGUCGAAAAAUUCGCAAGCGAACUGUUGUGGUACCAGAAGCUACAUAA